AAGAAAAGCAACCCACAUAUGGGUGGCAUGAGUUACUUAAUGUGGUUGCGGCUAUGCACGAUCUUGGGAGUUUCUUGGAGCUUGGACUUAGCUAUCUGUACGAUGCAGACUUAUGGCUUUUGGCCACAGAUCCACUGGUUGGGAGACUACUUUCAUGCCGCCUUUGGAAUGCCCAUAUUUGCGCUGCUUGUCCUUAAAAGCACCACGUUUCAAAUGCUCAAGGAAGGCAGGAAUCGGGAUGUAAAUAACCAAAAGAACAGAGACAGAAUACCGACAGAAUACGAAACAGCCUGCUAGCCAAAAAACAAAAUGAAUUUUUUAACCUAUUAUAUAAAUUAAAUGUAUAUAAACCAGUUUAAGAU